CUCUCUCUUUCGUGCACGCACGCGCACGCACGCAUGCGAUAAAAAUGAUGAAUUUAAUGUGGAAAAAAACAGAAGCAGAAGGCGGAGGCCGCUGUGCCCCUGAGGUCCCGGGAUCAUUUGCCCAGUCAGCCCUGGCGCCCCGUUUCGAGCCUUAUCUGCCCUGGUGCCUGCGGGGGUUAGGGUCGAGGGUGGGGGCUGGGAAGGGAGGAGGCCUGGUGGGCUGGCCCAGGAGCACGGGAUUUCCGCCUAGGGCAAGGCCCCGAAACUGAGUCCUGUGGCGAAGGCCAGGUGGAGGCUCGGGACUGUGGCGAUUGGAUCCGAAGGCCCUGAGCGGGCUAAGCUGGAGCGGGUGGGGUGAAGCUAAGCCUCGAGUUCAGCUAGGGGUGGGGGCGGGGACAGGGCCGGGGCAGCGGAGACAGAAGCGGAGGGAGGGCGGGGCCGAGCGUAGCCACUGCUUGAGGAAGUCCGCUGGGCGGUCCGAAGAGGGCGGACAGGACUGGGCCGGCCCAGGAUGGGGACCCAGGCUGUGCUGUCACUGGACGGGCUUCUGCAUGUCUUCUCUUUCCUGGAAGCGCCGGACCUGCUCCGCGCGGCCCAGGUGGACAAGGUCUGGAAUGAAGCUGCUGAGUCUGCCUUCCUGUGGAGGAGGCUAAGCCUGAGCCGAUGGACUUUCUGCAACGUAUCUCGAGUGAGUGAAGGAGUACAGACAUGGAAGCAAUAUUACCUCCAUCGUUCUCAACUGGAGCACCAGAUGGCACGUGGACGAGCACAAGAUUUUACUUGCAAAGCCAUUUCAGGGCAUGAAGGAAGGAUAAAUGGAGUUGCUUACCUCUCAGCCAAUGAACACACAUUUGAUGGACAGGAGAAGUCAGUGGUGUGUACUGUGUCAACUGACUGUACUCUUUGUGCCUGGAAUGUACAAGAGGGCACUGAGAUCUGGUCCAGCUCUCUCCAGCCAGCAUCGCUGAUGAACCUGUUGACUAUACCUGAACAUCAGCUGAUCAUCACCACGGAUGAGCAUGGGACUAUCAAAGUGUGGGAUGGACAGACUGGGAAGGAGCAGUUCACCUUCACUACAGCCUCUACCUGGUGUAAUAUGGUGAUCUGUGGAACGCCGGAUAAGCCCUUCUUGAUAGUAGCCCUUAAGGAAGGUGUGAUUUUUACCUUAACAAUUCCAUGCUUGACAGAGGUGUCCCGAAUUAUUGCAUUUCAAGAUUGUAAUAUGGAUUUGCUACGCCGCUCACCUGACAAGAACUGGAUUUUAGUUGGCUCCCCGGAGACUCCAGAUAUUUCGGCAAAGGUAUUUCACAUAGACUCCUUGACCAACUCAUCUCAACAUAAGCCUCUUUAUAUUUCCCUGCCUAUUGGAGAAUGUCAGGAUGCCAGCUGGGCACCCAAAGAGGCAGCCAGGCUAAUAGUGCUGCAUGAAGAUAGAAGAACCAGACAUUUGUCUAUUACCACUUUUGAUUUAUCAUUGAAACCAUGCAGGAAUAAAGUGGAAAUUCUGGCACAACAGGUUGCAAAUUUCAUAGUACCAGAGUUCAGUAGGAGGCCUCAUAUCCUGGAAAGCCAUGGUGCCGACAUCAUUCUUCUAGGAUGUGGUUCAGAGCUGAUCAUCUUUUCAUUGACUGGCAGCCUGUUGGCAUCCUUUCAAGACCAUCACCAGUCAAUCACAUCUAUAUGGGUGGACCGUUUCCGCGUUAUCACCUCCUCCUGGGACAUCUCUCUACGAGUAUACACGUGGAAAAGGGAAAAGAACACCGUUGUUCUGAAGAGCUGCUAUCACUUACUGGGGGGAUCUCACAUGUGGUCCUGUGGACUCGGAGAAGUGGCAUGUGACAACAUAAGCAUCGUGGCUGUGGAGUCCAAAAAAAAUGGCAAAAGUCUUUUAAGGGCAUAUUCCUUUAAUCUCUAACAUAUGUAAGAAGAUAAUGGUUAUAAAUAAUUGUCUCUCCGUUCUGCCUUUAGAAAAGAACAUUAAAAAUUAUAAAACGUUUGACCAAUAAUUGGAAGGCAAGUGUGAUGACAUUCACUUAACAAGUAUUUGCUUUUGUAGUAUAGCUAAGGCUCUGAAACUUUCUAAUAGGGUAUGUAAAGAAUUACAUAGUUAUAUCUCCAUAGCUUGUGUAAACAAGAGUUACUUAAGCAUGUACCUAUGUGGUUGAAUUCUUAGUCAUUUUUUUCUUCAUUUUAAUCUGAAUCUAUACAAAUUGGACAUUUAAAAGUAUGUAACAUGAUAAAUGCCUUCUGUUUUAAGGGCUAGAUCUAGUAUUCAUUGAGAUCCGUAUGCAAACUCAGCACUCCCUUCUUCAAUAGGGCAAUGGAUAUUUCAAUUACUGGAGGUUCUUUUUGUUAAGGGAAAGAACAACUGGCCAUUACCCACUUUAAAAGAGUUUACUAAGCAUGCUAAUGUGAUGGUUCCAACUGCCUCACUCCAGUACAUUUACCAAACACUUGACCCACAAAGUUGCCUAGGUAUUGUAAGUGAUGCAUUUUUGCUGCCAAGUUCUCUUUAAAAUGCCUGGGAAAGAAGCCUGUCUUCUGAUUUCUCCUUGCAAGAUUUUCCUAAUCUCAUUUAAUAUGAAAGCAGCCCAGGAAUGGAAGAGUUUGAAUGUGAGCUGCAAUGAUGUUUAUAUAUAAAGGUAGGCUUUCUCUUGGCCAAGAAGAACCUGAUGCUUUUUCUCUUCUUUAGGUUAAAUUUAACUCCUGAAGCCGUCACUACAUCCCCCCAUCUCUCCCCCACCCCCCAAAACAUUUCUUUAGCAUAUUGCAUAAAACAGCAUUAUUCCACUCUCAGUAAGAUACAGAGUGAGUAGCUUUUCUAGUCAGAGGGGCUGGUUUACAUGUAUAUAUUUACAUAAUUUUACACCAUUCUUCUGUAGCAAGUUAAACUGUAAGGUUUACCAUUGCUGGUUUUCAGUCCUGGAGUUAAGAUGUUCAUUUUGGUCGUCACACAGGUCUCCUUCAGCUGUCUUUAUUUAAUUGUUCUCAUCUCCUAUCUGUGGCUGUCCUGGCUCUUCUUUUCUUUCUGUCUUGCUUGGUGAGCUCAUCAGUUCACAUGGGUCCCACUGUCUCCAUACAGAUUAUAUACCCAGUCUUAUUCAGACUUGUAUAUCUGGUCCUGAGUUACAGAUCCAAAUCAUCAACUGCUUCUUAGACGGCCAAGUGAAUUCCCCAAAGCAGCUCAAGCACUUACAAACUUUUUCUUUCCCUCUAAGACCUUCCUAUCUCCCCUGCUUCCCUUUUUACCUACAAGAGCACCCCCAUCUUCCUGUUCCCCAGGUUCAGAACCCCAGUCAUCCUUGACUCAUUUGCAUUCAUCCCACAUAUCAAAUCUGUUCAGUUGUUUUUAACUUUCAUUUCUCAUCUCUCUUCCACUCAUGCAACUACCACCCCUUGUAGAGACCUCUCAUCUUUACUAAAUUCAGGGGUUGGUAAACUUGCAACCUGCUUGGUCCUCUAUCUGUUUUUGUAAGGUCUAUGUGAAGUCAGAAAAGGUCUAACAUUUUAAAAUAAAGUUUUAUUGCACUUAAUAAUGUAAAAACCCAUUCUUAGUUUGCAGGCUAUCCAAAAAAAUGAACCAUUGAGGGUAAGGGAGUUUGCCGAUUCCCAUAAUUUGGUCUUCCUGCCUUGCUUCUCCCCAUUCCAACCUGUCUUCCAUACAAGUCAUCAUCCCCUCAUUCACAAACUCCCGUGGUUCCCUAUUGCUUUUCAGGAUCAAAUAGUAGAAACUUCUCUAGUCAGCAUUUAAAGAGCUUAGCCCUUUUCUAUAUGCAUAGGUCAUCUUCUCAAAUCUUAGACUCUUAGCUUCCCAGGAUGCAAGAGACCUUAUCCAGUUCUCCUAGCCCCCCAUUUGCUUUUAUCUAAUUUUAUCUAACAUGUAUAUAGUUAUGUCUCCAUUAGAACUGAGCAGACUACUCUUGCCUCACUUUGUAUCACCAGUGUUUAGUACUAGUACUGUCCCUAAAAUGCAGUAAGCACUUACUAAAUGACUGACAUUUAGAAAAUACUGGAGGGAGGGGCCAUAACUAAAAAAAAAAUCAAUAAACCUUUAGCUCAUGUGAGCGAGUGGGACCUUGAAAGCUUUUUGGUCCAAAUAGUCAACAUUAAAGACCUUACAUCCAUUAGUGACAAUGGAUUUAUAUACUGCUAGGACUGAGGUAGCCAACACAAUGUUGGGCAUCAUCAAAAAAGGAAGCAGAAACUAAGAAUCGUCCUGUUGUGUGAAAUACUGCUCCUAACUUGAAAACUUUGAAUGCUGGGAAAAGGCAUGAACACUUCUUGAAAGACCUCAAAAGAUAAUUCUAGAUUUAAUAGGGGUAGAGUAUAUGAGAAGAGCAAAGUCAUAUUAAAAGAGAGCAAACCUGGACUUGUCAAACAAUUCUAGUAUGUUCAAAGAAUAGGAAUUCCUCAAUAUUUAAAGUAGGGCAGAGUGCUUUGGGGAAACAACUACCAUUUCACUUUGUAGGUAAAGCACGUAUUCAUAUGGUACUUACACAGAAAUGAAAACAAAUGCCUAUGAUGAAAACAUUUAGCUGACAUCAGGAAUAUUUACAUAGGGUUCAACAGAAGAAUCAUUGGCUCACAUUUUUCUUUUCCUUUUUAAGAAAGAGACAUUGAUUAUGGUACUGCAGUACAGUGGGUGGAAUAUUAUAAUUGGGAGUUAGAAAGACCUGGGUUUAAAUUCUAAUGGUAGCUGAGACCAUGAGCAAAUCACAACCUAGCCAAACCCCACUUUCCUAAAUUUUAAAAUCCAGAUUAAUUUGUGGUUUCUAAUUCAGGAUUAUGAUAGGGCUUAAAAGAAAAAAAGUACUAUGCCACUUGCUUUUCUCAUUGUGCAUUCCCAAUUCAUUGAUCUGAUCUAUAUUUUGAUAUAAGCUUUUAGAUACAAAUUUUCCUCUACCGUAUCCUACAGGUUUUGGUAUGUUGUCUCAUCAUUCUCCUGAAUAAAAUGAUCCAUUCUU